UAACAAGAUCCAUCGUAGAUAAUCAAAAACUAUAAAUAGAUUAUUAGGAGAAAGAGAAAGGGAGCGAAAGAUAGUCACUAAUGGAGGCCAAGAAAAACACCACUAGGGUACUCAUGGUACCAUGGCUAGCUCAUGGACAUAUAAGUCCAUUUCUAGAGCUAGCCAAGAAACUCACAAAUAGAAACUUCCACAUUUACAUGUGUUCCACUCCUGUAAAUCUAAGCUCCAUCAAGAAAAAUGUCACAGAGAAAUAUUCUCAGUCAAUAGAAUUAGUUGAGCUUCAUCUUCCAUCUUUGCCAAAUCUUCCUCCUCAUUACCACACUACCAAUGGCCUCCCACCCCAUCUCAUGAACACCCUCAAAACAGCUUUUGAAAUGGCCGCUCCAAAAUUUUCCAAAAUAUUAGAAACUCUAAAUCCAGACUUGGUCAUUUAUGACUACAAUCAACCAUGGACUGCUCAGUUGGCUUUAUCUAUGAAUAUUCCUGCUGUGCAGUUGCUCACAUUUAGUGCAGCUGUUGUUGCUUUGGGCAUCCACAUGUCUGAAGACAAAGAAGAGAAGUUCCCGUUCCCUGAAAUUUACCUGCGCGAAUAUGAAAUGUUUUCCUUGAAGAAAGCUAUUAAUGAAUCACCAGGUAAGGAGUUCCCAUUCGGCGAGGCUCUUAGGCGAUCACGCGACAUUGUUCUGGUGAAAACUUGCAGAGAUUUUGAAGGGAAAUAUAUGGAUUAUCUUUCAAAUUUGGUCACCAAGAAAAUUGUCCCGGUUGGCACACUAGUUCAAGAAUCCACUGACCAAGCUGAACAUGAGGAGAUCAUGCAGUGGCUUGACAAGAAAGAAAAAAGUUCAACCGUGUUUGUCUCAUUUGGGAGUGAGUAUUUUUUAUCCAAUGAAGAAAUCCUUGCAGUAGCUCAAGGGCUAGAGCUUAGCAAAGUGAACUUCAUUUGGGUCAUUAGGUUUCCACAAGGUGAAAGAAUUAGUAUUGCAGAUGCAGUACCAGAAGUGUUUCUUGAAAGGGUAGGCGAAAGAGGAAAGAUUUUAGAAGAAUGGGCUCCUCAAGCAAAUAUUCUUCAACACCCAUCAACAGGUGGGUUCGUGAGUCACUGCGGAUGGAGUUCUUUCAUGGAAAGUAUGAAGUUUGGUGUGCCCAUAAUUGCAAUGCCAAUGCACAUUGACCAACCAAUGAAUGCUAGGCUUGUGGAAUAUAUUGGGUUGGGAGUUGAAGCAGUGAGGGACGAAAACGGGAAACUACAAAGUGAGGAGAUUGCAAAGGCGAUAAGGAAAGUGGUAAUGGAGGAAAGUGGGGAGCCUGUGAGGAAGAAAGCAAUUGAAUUGAGUGAGAAGAUGAAUGAGAAUGGGGAAGAAGAGAUAGAUGGUGUGGUGGAAGAGCUGGUUUCACUUUGUGGUAAUAAAUGAUUAGCAAUAAGAUUUCAACUUUCAAGUUAUAUCUAUUAAAAAAAAAAGUUUAAACUAUCAUGUCACUCUUAAUGAUAAUUACCUUAAAAUGAACAAAACCUUCACCAUAAUGUAAAUUGUAUCCAUGAAAACAUGAAAUGAAGUUUCCAAGAGGAUUGCUACA